AUGUCCAAUUUCACAGGAAGCAGAGUUUCUGCCUGCCUGAUWUCGCCAGCUUUUGACACGAGUAACACURCAAGCCUUCCAGUUUCUGUCUAUCAUACCUGGACUACACUAGCUGUCAUAAACGGUAUUGCUGCACCGCUGUCCACARCGAUUAACAUUUUAAUAUUUUGGGYGAUAAUYAAGGACGAAGACUUAAGRGCAGUGAACUAUAACAUCUUGCUUGCUGCCCUGGCAGUGACUGAUCUGCUUGUAGGUCUUGUAGCAGAGCCUCUGUUGUGCUGGUACCUUGUAUGUCUAGUGGUAGGCUGUUCGUCACCGUGUAUUUUUACCGGUUAUGUCAUCWUAUCUUUAAUGUGCUCUGGCUUCAMUGUAUUGACAUUGAUGGUCKCUAGUGUYGAGAGGUAUCUUGCAAUYGAGCAUACACAGUUCUACCUUGAAAACGUCACAACAAAGAGAGUCAUUUUGACAACUGCCUUUCUUUGGACCAUCAUUCCAGCGACUKCUUUAUCAGGAAGAAUCCUUUUAAAUCAAUCUGCUGCGUUGCAGAGAAUCCCAGUUGCAGUUKUGGCCUCAUYCAACGUUCUUGUYAUUUUGUACUGCUCAAUCAAARUCCACAUUACCGCCUAUCGGCAAAGAAGAGCUAUAGAAGCACAAGCACAAAAUCUUCAACAACARCAAGAAGAACAAGAUGAACAGCAAAGGAGUYACCAAGAGUACAAGAGAGCUUUUACUACAAGUUUACUUGUUGCAACCUCGGUUGUACUUUACUGCCCUUAUAUCACUGUUGCUGCCAUACAAGCAGUUYACGACAUGGAUUUUCUGAACCAMGCCUCAGUUUUCGGYAUCUUCACGACAUUGAUAAAUUUACAGUCCAUAGUGAACCCAAUCGUGAUAUCUCUCCGAAUGUCUAGUAUUCGCCAGGGUGUUAAGAGUAAAUUAUGUUGCUGUGACUGA